UUUACAUGCAGUCACAUUUUUGACCGAGAAGCAAAAAUUGUGCAAACAAACCGAGCUACUUUCCAUUCUUCCAGCCUCUUUCCGAUAAGUGAAUCUUGAGCAGCAACCCUAAGCCUGACAUUUGUGAGGCUUGAUGAGGAGCAGAAAUGACAGGCUUUUUGUGAGAUUAUUAGAUAUUUUUAAUAGACUGACUGUAACUGAUCAUUUAAUGGAGAAUAUCUCCGUACAGAAUCAAAAGGCUCUGGUAACUAAAUAACUCUGACCUGUUUUCAUGAGCCCGUAGCCCUGCAUUUCAUCGUAGGUGUGACAUUUUGAAGGGUGUGUGCAAAGUGUGAAACAAAAUGUUGAGUUAGGGUUGAUUUUCUUUUUGAUUCAAGCUGCAGCUUUAGGUGAACAUUUAAGGGUGUGAGGCAAAAACAAAUAAAACAAAAGUGUUUGGUGUGUUUGGCAGCUUGUCGUUACAGUUGAGGAGUUUAUUUAAUGAUCACACUGCUGACCUAGACUUGAGCAAACUUAAUUGUUAGUUUUAAUUGAAAUUCAGUGGUUUAGUUUUUUGCGCUCCUCUUUUUAUUUGGUCGGGUCUGAGAUGCAGGCUGCAUAGCACAGAAGUUUGGAGCACUGUAACCUCGCUGCGAGUAGGUUGCAGGUUCAAAACCCAGCUGGAUGGAGUUAUGUUCUCCCCAUGCAUGUGUGGGUUUUCUCUGCCUUCCUCCAACAGACUAAAACAUUCAAUCAACAGUUAAUAGAAGAGUCUAAAAUGUCCCAAGGUGUUGUUUUGCUUUGAUGAACCGGAGACUUGUCCAGGGUGUCCCCCACCUCUCACCAAUAGGGCUGCAACGACAAAUAUCAACAAUAGAAAUGGUCGACAAUGAACUUCAUUGUCGACGUUGUCGCCAGACGUGUUUCUUCCAACCGAGUGAGGCAUCUCACUUCAUUACAAUCUCUGCCGAGUCGCACAUGUGCAAUAGCUUCUCUGCUGAGCACCAAACAAACAGAAAUGGCGGCGUCCAACACAGCAGCUACGCGUACCAAAACAUCAAAAGUUUGGGUGCAUUCUAGCCCGGAUUCAGCGAAUAAAAAGAUGACCUGCAUUAUUUGCAAAGCAGUCCUCGCGUGUCACGGCAGCACCUCGGUGAUGCAUGAACACUUAAAGAGAAAGCACGUCGGACAGUUGAAUGAAACAGAGUCUGACUCACCUCUGUAAGAUUUAAGUAACACGAAAGCCAAUACGUUUUGUUAUGGAUGGACAUUGUACAUUUUUUAAACGUAUUUUCGCUUAAAAAAAAAAGAUUUAAUGUUAUGCCUGACUGUGCCUGACAAAUGUAUUUUAAUUUUAUUAAUGCAUUUAUGUCUAUGCUGACUGAGCACUGUGCCUAAUUGGUGUUAGAAAGGGCAUUUUUAUUUACUUAUAGUAUGAAUUGGCCUAUCAGCAGCAAAGUUCAAUAAAAUAAGCAUUUUCCGCUGAAGUACCCAUCUUUCUUGUGUUUAUUAUCAUUUUUCACAUAAUUAAAGCAAUCUCUUGCUAAAUUUAAGAAAUAUUUAAUAAUUUUCUGAUUAGUUUAAUCGUUUCAAUAGUCGACUAUUAAAAUAGUCGUUAGUUGCAGCCCUACUCACCAAUGAUAACUGGAGAAAGACCUCGGCAUGUGAAAGUGUGUGUGAAUGGGUGAAUCCUAGCUAGUUACUAGAAAUCCAUUUAUGUCUACUAGACUUAACUAUGAACUAAAAUAGAAUAGAUUAGUUGCUUUAAACUGGCCCCACAAUUAACUAAACAACAAACAGAAAUGUCUAAAUGCAGCUCGAGACACACUCAAACAGCCUAAACCUACGAUGUGGUAACAGUUUGUAAAAUGAUUGUUGAUUAUGAUUACUCCAAACGGGUCUCGGUGGUAGAGUUCUAGUUGCUUAAGCUUCUGUUGAUAAAUAAGUCCAAAUUACAUUUAUUGAUCUGCUAUUGCAUCCUCUCAGAUAUCCAGCAUAAUAAACGUCCUCAGCUCUGAUCUGUCUGCUGGGUGUGUCUGAAAUAAUUGAAGCUCUAUUUGGUGGCUACUCAGACAUCACGUAAUACCCGCCAAGUGUUUUUUUAUCCUGGUGGCUAAAAGCUCUGGUUUGUUGUUUUGGAGACAAUUCUUGGAAAGUGUCACGUCUGAACCUGAGUUUCCUCUGAGCAGACCGUUUUAUCACCUGGAAUAAACAUGCUGCUGCAGUCAUCAGUCAUUUCUUCACUUUGUCCCCAGAUGUGGGGAAAAUUGGUUUUAUACCGUUACAGAUCUGGGUUAGAAAACGGUAAGACUCAGACGUGUUGAACAGUUCUGUCUGUUUAAUGGUUGGAGCUGGUGUUCAGCGCUGUUUUCCUGAUUUACACAGGAAAACUCAUCAUAUGCAUCCAAAAUUAUAAUGAUGAACAUGCACAAGUAGCACCACCACAGUUUCCUUUUUUGUUUUUUAGAUGAAAAUGAUCUACAGGAGAAGUGAUUGCUAAUUUGUUUAUGUUUAUUUAUUUGGCAGACGCUUUUAUCCAAAGCGACGUACAAUUAAUUUAACUUGUAGGGCAUGUUGUGAUCUGUGGGGGAAACCGGAGUACCCGGAGGAAACCCACGCAUGCAUGGGGAGAACAUGCAACUCCACGCAGAAAGGCCACAGCCGAGUUUCGAACCUGCAACCUUCUUGCUGCGAGGCAACAGUGCUAACAACUGCGCCACCAUGCAUGCAAUGCAUGCAAUUUAACUUAAGAUGGUGUAAGUUCUGUUUACCUGAGUCUAAUCCCAGGAGAAAAUAUGGCAUGUAGAGAUAAGACACGCAGUGACUGUGCCAAAUAUCUGAACUCGCUGAAGCAAACAAACAUCCCGGGGUUGAAGACGUCCCGCAUGGGGAGGCACUAUUCAUUUUAAGGAAUCCGCCAAGGUUUCAGACCUCAACCCCAAUGCGAAAGCAUGGGCCAACCACAUGUUUAGCCUGGACCCCAGCGAGACUGCUGACACCACAACUGCUGCCCUGCAGCCAUGGAAGGAAGGCUGCGAUAGUUCGGACGACCCCGGCCCAGAAGGCUUUGAAGCCAGUGAGGACAAAGCUUACAAGGAGACUCUGCUAACUGACCCAGAUGAGCCUCCACCAGAACCAGUAAUGCUGGCCGAGCCGGCCUCCGUUGCCUCCGUCACACUGGAGUGCUCCGAUCCCGCCUACACAGAAUACCCCGAGCCCGGGUGCACAGGAAGUGAUUCCCAGCCUGACAACACCCAGGAGGGCCUAAGGGAGCAUCUGAAGAAGACCCUGGAGUUCUGUUUGUCCAGGGAGAACCUGGCCAGUGACAUGUACCUCAUCUCCCAGAUGGACAGUGACCAGUAUGUGCCAAUCGUCACGGUGGCCAACCUGGAUCACGUCAAAAAGCUCAGCACUGACGUGGAUCUGAUCGUGGACAUUUUACGAUCUCUGCCAUUGGUCCAGGUGGAUGAGAAGGGCGAGAAGGUUCGACCCAAUCAGAACCGAUGCAUCGUGAUCCUCAGAGAGGUUCCACAGAGCACACCCUUAGAGGAAGUAGAGGCUCUUUUCAAAGGGGAAAAUUUACCCAAGUUUAUAAACUGUGAAUUUGCCUACAACGACAACUGGUUCAUCACCUUUGAGUCAGAAGCCGAUGCCCAGCAGGCGUAUCAGUAUCUCCGGGAGGAAGUGAAGAUGUUCCAGGGGAAGCCUAUUAAGGCCAGGAUAAAGGCAAAAGCAAUCGCUAUCAACACUUUCAUACCAAAGAACGGUUAUCGGCCGGUGGAGGUGAACCCGUACACGCCACAGCGCUUCACCUCCUACUACAUCCCUCCGGUUUACAGCCCCCAGCAGCAGUUCCCUUUGUACAGCCUGAUCACGCCGCAGGCCUGGUCCACCACACACAGCUUCAUCGACCCGGCGCUGGUUGCUCCAUUUCACAACAACCAGUUCAUCAACGGAUUUGCGACAUCUCACAGUUUCAAACCCACGACAUCGCCGCUCACCAUCAGACACUUCUCCCCCAGAAACAGGAAUCACAGUAAACCUCACCUGAGACCGACCAUUCCCACAACGGACCGCAGCGCCGGACUCCUGGAGAGCCCGAACCUUUUCACCACCUUCCCCAGUGAGAGGCUCAACGGGGUCCGGAGCCCACAAACGCGACUCCCCGGCAGUCAGCUGAGAACCAGACCACCCUCCACCACGGUGUUCCCUCGCAGAGAUGCGGUGGGCACCGGGCGUGUAGCCGAUCCCUCAUCUCCAGACUAUUCCCUGGGAGUUGGGCGGGGAAGGAAAAAUGUUUCUGCUUCUAGGAAAAAGAGAGAUGAAAAGUUUACAAGAGCGAUGCCUCAGUCACCGCCACCUCCUCCCAAACCUCCGUCGCCGAACUUUGAGCUUGGUCUCUCCAGCUUCCCGCCGCUUCCCGGUGCAGCAGGUCACCUCAAGACCGCAGACGUGUUUGAUAACCGAUUAUGUGGCAAAGAGGUGGUCAGACCCACCAAGGAACGGAAUGUCAGCGCUGAUUCCAGCAGCAGUGGAGCUCUCUCCCCAGCAGCUCCCAGAGAGCCUCUCCAGACCUCCACCUCUUCAGUGACCCCAAGCUUCCAACCACCUACUACAAUCCCGACAUCGGCCCCGACACUGACCCCGUCUCCUGGCACACCACUCAGCUCCACCACCACAGUCUUCAUGGAGGUGAAGCCGACAGAGGUCAAACCGAAGGAGGCACAGCCAUCAGUGCAGCGAGUUCCCGGCACACUGUCCACUGCAAGCAAAUCGGUGCAGGUCAACGGUGCUGCUACGGAGCAGAGGAAGCCAUCCUACGCUGAAAUCUGCCAACGAGUGAAGGACACCCCUUCAUCACAGCACUCACCCACCCCUAAGGAAGCCAAGCCAACGUGUGCCACCGCCACAGCUGAGGACAGGAAGUGCACUGACCCCUCCCCCUCCUCAGGGGUGGCCAAGGCCAGAGAGACACACCACUCCUCCUCCAAACACGGCUCUGCCCCGGGGAGGCCCUUAAAGGAGGCCCGGAGGCCGGCUGGGCGAUGGGCCUCCCCUCCCCCCCACCCAGGGAAACCCCCCAGCAAAGAUCCCCACCACACCCCACCCAAGUCCCCUCAGUAGGGCGUCCCCUGCUUCCCCACCACGCUCCGUGAUAUGUUGACAAAAGUCAGGGCUACUCGACACUCAUCCCAGAGUCACAGUCAGCAAACAGGCAGAGAGGACGCCUUUUUUCCUGGAUCAGGGCUUGCAGACAUGAAGCACUUUACUGUGCGCCUAGAGCACCGCUUCUUUCUUUUAACCUUCUAUUUAUUUGCUUUUUCUUUUUUUUAAGUUUUACUUUUUCUCUCUUCUGUUAAGUGACAUGUUUGAAAGAAUCCUCCCUUUUCUGUCCAAAUGGCCUUGUGGGAUUAAAUCAGGGGUGUGUGUGUGUGCGUGUGAGCAGGGCAUUGUUAGAAGAAACCCCAAAGGAUUCUGGGAAAGGCUGCAUUAAAAACGGACUCCAUCUUGUCUGGUUGCCAUAGCAAUGCCUUUGUUUGUGUACAGAGUGGCACAGCUGAGUUGUGGUUCGUUACUUUCUGAUGUUUUUUCUAAUUAAGACGGAUUAUUUUUUAUUUUUGAUCAUUUACACUAACAUCGUUGUUUUUUCACGCCUUGAGCUUUGUUUGCAGACUUAUGGACUGUUGUCAUGGUUACUAUUUUUUCUCCAGCAUCUUCCUCUAAAUAUUCUUGCUGUGAAACCUUUCCCCCCUGUGCUGGUUUACUUAGCCCCCCCACUAACAGCCGACAAAGCUUGGGCUGAUUUGAGGUUUUCUAUUUUCAGAGGUGGACAGGAAUGGCGCGUGACUCAGAAACAAACGUUUUCCGGAUGCCGUUGCUUUCUGCUGAGCAUUAUUUCAUCUUGCAUGUUGAAUAGAGCAGCUUUCCAGCACUUUGCUCUAAUUUCCUCUAGAGUAGUUAGUAACUUUAAGAUGAGAGGUGGAUUUAAACUCCCUUUCAGCUGAAUUGGUUUGAGAGAAAAAUCUGAAGCUCUGCAAGCAGGAAGGAAGGAAUGUCACUAGCAGCUCUGAUCCCAACACAUCCGAACAUCCACAUCCUGGUCACAGGGAGGUGGAGCUGCUUCAGACCCGUCUCAGAUUUGGUGCUGAUGUAGAAGCCUGGAAACAGUUCUUACACACCUCUGGUUUCUUUUCACACUGUUUUCUCUGCCUUGGCAGAAAAGUUGGUUCAAGAAUCCUAAAGGAAUCUGAUGGUUUUCCAGGAGGGAAUUAGAAGCCUUUAGUUGUUUUUCUGAAUGUUGAAGCUGCUGCAGCGACCUGUGAGCAUCAUAGACGUCCAGCUGCUUAUUAUUAUUAAUGAUUCUGAUAUGAAACAUUUAUUCUUUUCUUGGAUCUGUUGUCUGGACAGAGCUGCCGUGGUUUGGAGUUUAGCUGUUCAGUCCGGAUUCAGGUUGAAAGCUGUUUCAAUCAAGGAAGUGAAAAGGUGGAAUUAGUUUGUUCAAAGUUAAAUGAUGGUGGAUUUUUGUUGAAUGUAAAAGAAGAACAAAAUGUUGAAAUCGUUCCAUGUUUAUUAAAUUUAAUAGGCACAAGGUGCUGGAUUCGGAGCAGGAAUGUCAUCAGGGAACACCUCAUCCUACAGAUAAAAAAAAAAUCAGCUUCUUCCAUCACCAGGAUUAUGUGGUUUUGUUUUCCUGUCAUAACUUUGUUGAUUUUCUCCUUCUUACCAACUGGAAACUGUGACCAAAGCAUGAUCCUCCUUGCUCCUGUUUUAGGUGAUAAAUCAUGUCAGACAGGAGCAGAAUUUAAAGCACAGAGUUACCACAGCCUUGCUUCCGGAUGCAGGUUAUUAAUCAUCUGGGAAAACAUUGGAAUAAAGCGACCAGAAUUCCUGUUCAGGGAGGUAAAUAGUUGGUUUGAUUCUGUUAUUUGUUCGAUCGGCGCGUCUGUCUUCUGUAGCAGCCACUUGGACAGAGUAGCAGCGGUUUUAGAGGAUUUACGGUAAAAUGUAAAACUUAACCAACAGCUUCAGGAAAAGUGUAGUUUUGAUCUGACAGCUGGAUGUGACGCUCCCGUCCUGGUCCUCUUUGAUUCUGUCCCAUUUGUCUCUUGAAGAUGCAAAAUCUGCUUAAAACCACUGAGAAACACACACGGACGUGCGCACACGCACACACACUUGUCAGUAGAAACAUUUGCGCUGUGGGGCUACACACGUCUCCCUCAAGUCUUCCUGCAACUAAAAGCAUUCUGGGUAAUCCCACUAAGAAAACUGGAGCCCAUCUAAAGAAAAAAGGGAAAACAUCAUUUUUAUAAACAGGUCAGAGCUGCUUUUCCUUUGGACGCUAAAGAGGAGUUAAAAUAACUUAGUUUUGUUUGAUUUGAAGGACUUUGAUGCACUCAGAUGGUUUAGAUUUAUUUUCCUUAUUGGUGGAAAUGGUUAAAAAGAUAAAAAAGCACCAUAUCCACUUAUUUAUGAAGAGUGCUGUUUUUUCAUUAGAAAUGUUGAGUUUUCUUUUGGCUGUUUUGGGAGAAGAAGAAAAAAUCUCUGUAGAUACAAAAUGCUUCAAAAAUCCAUCCAGUGUUUGAAAAAACUUGAAUUUUAUUUAAACUUGAAAAAUAACUUUGCCUUAACUUUUCUACAAGACGAGCAUAGAGUUGUUAUUUCUUUUCAAAAGAACAGAACAGAUCCCCAAAACGAAGCUCCACUUGUGGAAAACGAGCUCAAAUCUGGAGGUUUUGCUUUUCUUUUUCCUCCUCUUUUUUUUGUAAAUUGUAUGAAACAUAAAUGUUCUGGUUGUUCGUUUGGUUCCUGUUUGCUAGUUUCAGGUUUAUUUUUUCUUAUGGAGGGGAAAAUAUAAACUUUGUAAAUGCAACUAGUCAAUACUGUAUUAAAUAUGUGCACUUUGAAGUUUGUGCUUGGCUUGUACAGAUGUAAAUACUCAGAAAAUAUAAGAGGUACCUUAAAAUGAUUAUAAAACUAUAUUGAUCCUUGUUAACUAUAAUGUCGCUGGAUGUAGGAUAUAAAAAUCUUGUGCUUUUGGAAAUAUUUUUCUUAAAUUUUUUUUAAUGAUUAGUGUGCAGAGUUUGAUUUUGGCUCCGCCGUGCAGCGCUGCCGUGUAACGUGUUCAUUAUUUUCCUCUUCUUUCGUUUUGCAUUCCAUCUCUUUAUUUAGACACACCUGAGUGUUCAGGUGCACGGUUGGCCCCGCCCCCUCCCCUCAGAGUCUGUGGUACCGACUAGCAUCCGGCCGUACUGAGAGUCCUCCUGCGUCCUCUUUGAUCACAUUUGGGUCUGAAUGUAGAAGAAAAUCACUACAUAUUUAUUAUUUACAGAGCAGCAGGAGCCACUAAUGCAGAGUCAAAUAAAACCGACAAAUCUGCUGUUUUAACAAGCUAAAGGCAUCGUUUUCAGGUACAUUUGAACACUAAUUGUUGCCCUAAAUGUGCUGUGUAUAGCUGAGAUGUUUGUAACUCUUCUGUAAAAUUUAACUUGUGUGAACAUGUUGGAGGAAAGGUUUAAAGUGGAGGAACAGGAAACCUGAGCUGAAAAUUUCCAUCGGUUUUUCAUGUCGAAUGAGUCCUAAUCAUUUUAUUUGGUGAAACUGGAAGAUGACAAACGGGGUCCUGCGAACGAACCCAGAUAUUUAUAAUAUUACAGCCUUUUGUUACAAAAAAGUGUAAAAGUACUAAAUGUAAAUUACAGCUGAGUUUUUCUCCCAAGAAUCUGAUUAUAGUUUUAAAACCUGUAACUUUAAACAUUUCCAGAGCUGGUUGAUGGGCUUUCUGACUGGAACAGAGGUGGUUCUGGAAGCUUAACUGGUUUGUUCUUAGCAAACUUUAACCUGUUUGGUUCAGAUUUCACAGAUUUAUCACCAGUUUAUUUAUGUUCUGAAGGUUUUGGUUCUUUUUUUUAUAUUAAGUUCUUGAUUGUUUUGAAAUUAUUACUGGAGACGAUCAGCAUCAAUAUGAAAAAAUAAAACCCUCAAAUUAAGUAAAUCCUCUGAAUUUAGUGUAGGUGAAGCAGAUUUAUAGGUUUGGUUUGUGAAGAGGAUGCCUGAUGAACUCUUGGCUUUAGGGUGACCUGAUGUGUGACGCCCAGAAAUGGAUCCCUGUGAAGCUCAGUAGAAAACCUUCAUGUUGUUGCAGCAGGUGGGAGAUAUUUGCCAAAAGCCUGAAAGGUGAUUAAGUUUUAAUUCUCUUGUUAAGAAAUCUUUUUUUUUUUUUUUUUUUUGCUACAGAGGCUAAAAGGUUUCCCACCUGCGUGUUCAUAUCUGCUUCUCAGCCAAAUAACAAGGUUUUGUACUUCCUUUGGUUUGAGGUUUCUGGUUGUUUUCAGCUUUCAUGUGUUCAUCUGAAUAAUAAAUGUACAAAUGAGUUAUUUUCAGGCUUUCAGUGAUGCAAAACUGGACUUUUUUCUUUUUGCUGACAUAAAAAGCAGACCCAUGAACUCAUGUUAGUGGCUGAAGAAAACAAACUGUGCCAUUAAACAACCUGUAGUUUUUGUCUUGACUGGUCAGUUUAACUUGUACAUAAAAAUCAGACUGUCUCGUUUUAUUUUCUUAAUUUUUUUGUUGUAUUGGAGCUAUUGUGACUCCACUGACUGUGUGAGGUGUCGAGACUCAGCUGAUUCCUACCUGAGCAUCUCUGUAAGUGUGCAUGUGGAAUUAAAAAAGAAAAAUGUACCACCUGUAAAUCCAGACUGAUGCAACAGGUGACUGGUACCCGAGACUGGGUCGUUUUCAUGCCUCUGGAAUCUAAAAGAGCUUCGUUAAGUUUUUUCGGUUCGAUUUUUGUCACAGACUUCUUUGCGCAGCGUCACACUUCAUAUCAGCUUGUCGGUCACCUCAGAAUCCCCCCCCCCCCGCCAAGUCAUUUAACAGUGCCAUUCUUUUGCAUCUCAUCAUAGAAAUGGACCCCUUUAUGGUUGACCUUAUCAAAGAAAUGACAACGAAUGCACAACAACUGACUGGAAACUUGUUAAUCAACUCACUGUGGUCUAACCCGUUAACACUUCCUGUGCUACGUUAACAGCUGUGGACAAUCGAUGACUCUGCGUCAUGUUGGGACACAUAACUUUGCUUAAGGAAACCUUUAACAUGAGCGGGAUGGAGGUUGCAGUUGAGGGCUUUUGUUUGUUUUGGUUCUUUAAUACAUUUUUGGAGUCUUUCUUCCAUUGAGACUGGAAUCAAGCGUACAUGUCAGCUAUAGAUAAUUUAAGUUACCCUCGUGUCAUGAUGUAAAACUGUCUAAUUUGGAGAAAAAUGUAGCUUACUGAAAAAUAAAGACUUAGGCACUGA